CCUUAACAGAAUUCCAAUCUCUCCGUUCUCCAUCUAUUAAUUAAUUUCUCUUACUAUCAUCUAUUCCGUAAUUCAGAAAUCCUUCAUCCUUCAGACACAACAUCAUGUCCAAACCAACCAUUGCCUUCCUCGGUGCCACGGGCGGCUGCAUCAACGCCUGCCUCGCCCACACCCUGCAAACCGGCUAUCACGCCGUCGCACUAGCCCGCACGCCAUCCAAGCUCACGGCCCUCCUUCGCACCCAGAACAUCGACCAAGAGACCCUGGACUCCCGACUCCGCAUUGUGACCGGCGAUGCGACCGACCCGGAGGCCGUGAAAAAUACGCUUCUUCUGCAGGCUGCAGGCUUUCCUACCGAUCCCACGACAUCAGCAUCGUCACCAACACCAACACCAACCCUUGUAUCCCAUAUUAUCUCAGGAAUCGGCGCCACAGGCAACUUCCGUGGCUGGUGCUUCGAAUUCGACCAGCCGCAUAUCUGCGAAGAAGCCACACGGGCACUCCUCACUGCCUUGCGAAACAUCUACGCCACGUAUCCGGAGUUCAUGCUGCCUGCAAAUGUGAAAUCCAGACCGCUCCUCACCGUCCUCUCUGGCAUGGGCGUUGACCCGAGCCAGAAGCAGAUGGAUGUGCCGUUCUUGUUGCGCCGGGUGUAUCAUGGGCUGCUGCAUGUGCCACAUGCGGAUAAGUGGGUGAUGGAGGAGAUGCUGGCGAAGAGGGAGGCGAGGGAUUUGUUUCGGGGUGUAAUCACGGUGAGGCCGGGGAGUUUGUUGACCGGGGAUCAUAUGCUAGGUUCUGGAUAUGGGUAUGAGAAGGUCCGUGUGGGGACGGAGAGGGAGGAGCCUUCCGUGGGAUGGACUAUUCCCAGGGCGGAUGUGGGCGAGUGGGUGUUUCGUGAGGUGGUGGUCAUGGGGGGUGGGAGGUGGCUGGAUGAGAAGGUGACAUUGACUUGUUGGUAGAGUUGUUUGUUUGUUUUGGGAGAUAUAGUGAGUUGUAGGCGUUAACUGAAUGUGUUUUGGGUUACUGUUCAUUGAUGGUUCUUAGCAAGUUUGAGAGGGUAUUUUUAUGUGGUAC